ACAAUCAAGAUCUGCGAUUGACUUUUACUUUCGUAAUGAGUGAAUCAGUGAAAUAUUAUUAAAAGCAAUGAAUAUACACUGAUUUGCAAUUAUAAGUAUAGCACUAAAACUGUCCAGUGCUAUAUUUAUAACUGAUAUCAGUGACUAUAAAAUAACGCUUGCAAUUGCUCAGCAACUUUCCUUUUGCUUUAACGACCAGUAAAUUGCCGCAAAAUCACAUUACCCGCAAUCUAUUUUUUUAACUUACAUUUCUGUAUGACUGCUAAUUUUACACUCAUUUAUUGAUUUCUGGGACAAAAAGCGAGUGUUCGGACUAUUUUGUAAAUCUGCGCGAGCGGUUGCAAGUGUCACUUUAUGAACAUAUCUUUUUAUCUUUAUGUGUUUUACAAAAAUUUUUAGCAUGCGUUUGUCGUUUCUAACCUGAUAAAUCAACGUGGCCGCAGCGAGGAGUCUCAAGCUACCCGCGGUUUCGAAAAGAAAAAUAUUUUAAGGAUUUAGUACAAGAAUUUGUUAGAGAUGCUACAUAUGUUUUUAAUAAUAAAGAACAAGAUCUGAGAAAUCAAAGAAUCAAGAUCUACGAUUGGUUCUCACUCUCUUAAAGUGAAUUAGUGGAACAUUAUUGAAAGCAAUGAAUAUACACUGAUUUACAGUUAUAAGUAUAGCAUUGAAACUGUCCAGUGCUAUACCUAUACUUUUAACCGAUAUCAGUGGCUAUUCACUGAUUCACUUUAAGAGAGCACAAUCCCUCUCUUUGUUUAUUAAAAAUAUUUUAAUUUUACCGUUUAUUGUUGUGAUUUCUUCAACUCUCUUUUUUUAUGUAAUACUUGGGUCUACAGUGAUAGCAGUUAUCGCGAGAAUAUCUAGCAAGAUAUCUACUUCCGACAAAUUGCCCGUUCAAUUAUUAUUGCAGUUGUGUAAUAACUCGUAAUGGGGACUCUCUAUUGAAAGUCAAUAUUCCCGCGUAAUUAACACGCGGAGUGUCAGGAGAGAAAGACUUGAACUUUCGCCUCUUGUGAAACUGAAAGAGCACCAGGCAGCUUAAUUGAUCGAUCAUCGACCAAGUAAAUCGAUCGGCUGCAAUCGCAAACGUUGAUUAACCGACUUCAUGCGACGGAUCGUAUCACUGACUUCCUUAGUAACUAGACACAGUAUGAAUAUCAAUUGAUGAUACAUAUCAUCGACAAUCGAGUAUUUUUAAUAAUCCUGAGUCAAGAUUUUGGGCCCACAUUGGUUUUGCAAGUUUUCCUUCAAACUUGAAAAACCAAUAAAACAUUUCCAGGUGUGAAAUGCAGGCUACAUCGUUAUCUAAUACUAUGAAUGAUUAUUUAUUACCUUUCUCUCCGUUAAAACUAAAAAAAUACGCUUAAUAAUUAUUUGAUAUUCGGUUAUCUCGAUGUUCUAUUUGUAUUUGAUUUUUCCUCAAUUGUCCCAAGUAUAAUAAAUGACAAUAAAUUCAAAAGUUCUGAAAUUAAAAAUCAAGAAAUGAUGUAGGGCCAACAAGAGCCAAUAUGUGUGAAAAAAAAUUAUUUUCACUAGAGGAGAAAAAUCAGUAAGAACAAUAAAUUGUUUUUGUCUUUAAGACAAAAUAUAUUAAUACUUAUGUUUGGCUCUUAUUGGCCCUACAUCAUUUUUCUGAUAAAUGAAUUAUGAAAUAAUUGUUAGAUAAAAGCAAACUUUCCUUUUUCAUAAUUUGUUUAUUAUAAUUUUCGUUGGAAGUUUUGGUAGGAUUUAGAGAUUCAAGAGGAAUGAAAAGGAGUUUUGGAAGAAUAGAGAUAUUCAGUCGGAUGUGUACCAAUUGAGAAUUAAAUUUCGAUUCGGCACAAUGACAAGAACUGUGUAAACAGAAGUGAGAAGAAGUCGUUGGAAAGUUCCAGAAGGAACUUGCGGAAUGUUUUGAAAGAUUGUUGUGACCCCCCUUGGCCGCCGCGAUUAUGUAUACGUCAUGGUUUGGCGGACGGCGACGGUUGGCGAUCGGGGGGAGCGACUUUGCUCUUCUUGUCGAUUGUUUUGGUACUCUUGUACGACGCGUGCCUUUUUGCGACCGGCUCAUUACGUGUCGAGGCGACGAACGACGCACAUCUUUCGACGAGUGAGUUAGAGCUCUCGUCGUCUCUUAAAGUAUUUUAUUAAUCGCGGUCUCUUUGGCACAUCGCGUUCAAUGACACGUUUCUCUGAUCGAAUCGCAUCUACGCGAGUGUGUCACUGACAGUGACAAGUGCGAGUGCCAUGAUGGACUAUCUAGAGCAGUCGGGAACAGGAUGCUGGACCGGGAAACCAGGACGAAGGACACGAGACGCCAAAACGCGAACAACGAUAUAUUUAUCAGGGGAGGACGGCGUCGAAGGCUCCGCGCCCGGUACGGACCUCCAAGGUGAGGAGGGCGAUUGUGUCGACGAGGAUGGCCCCAUUAGCCCUAGCGAGAGGGGUUGCGCACCCGCUGCGAAGGAAGACGAAGAUGCCGAGGGAACGGACGAAGAGGAUGACGAGGAGGCAUCGCCACCUACGCCACCGCCUUCCGCUACUUCGAGAUUAAACCCAACUAUUCUAAGAGACACGGGCCCUCCGGACAGGGAGCCAAUGAGUCCGCGCUGUCCCUCGAGAGAUUCUCGGGAAUCGUCCGGUCCGGCGACCGGAAGCCCUCUACCACCCGCUACCAGGAGCAGCGCGAGCCCAGUCAGUCCAAGUAGUAUCGUGCCUCUACCCCUUGGAACUCACUCCCUGCUACCACCCCACUCUGCAGCGGUCAUGGCGGCGUAUCUACAACAGACCCAUCAGCGCCUCCUCCUCGGCCAUUCACCCUUAUCGCGCGGCUCGGUGUCUCCGCUGGUUUCCUCCUCGUGUUCACCACCGGCCGCGACCCCCGGUCUCUUGGUGUCGCCCACCAGCGUCGGGGAGAUCUCGCCGUCAGCGACGCCUCUGCCAGCUGUGCUGGACUUCAGCACGAGAAAAGCGUCUUCCACCGAGGAGGACGAGGAAGAGCAGAUAUUGAACCUCAGUAAACCGCCUACACCGUCCUCUUCGACGGAGACGAACAAUGGCCCGUUGGAUCUCUCGGUACCGAGCAGGAAACGACCCGGACCAGAGGACUCACCGCCGCCACCGCCGCGCAAGUCAUCGAGACUGACCUCUACGACGAGUUCCGCGAGCCAUCAGGAGACGGUUCCAGGAAUUACGCCAUCCAGCUUCGGCAGACCACCCGUGGUGUCGCCUUGGACGUCGCCGGUAGUAGCCUCGCAUUUCCCGUAUUUCGCUGCGGCGGUAGCGGCAGCGGCUACUAGUCAGCAGCAACUCUCGCCGAAGAGCACCACCGGUGUGGUAGAUCAUCAUCAGCUGUGGAACGGCAAGAUGAAGCCGCCGGCGGCACUGGAGAAGCCGUACCAGCCGAGCGAGGCCACGAAGGCGCUCGAGAAGAUGAGCGAACUCAGCAAACUGGGUGGCGAGGAUCUGUUCAGGUCGUCCUCCGGAGGGAGUAGCUCCGCAACGGGCACCAGCACGCCGGCGACGACGUCCAGCAGCCGUCACAGCGCUUGGCAGUCUCACUGGCUGAACAAGGGAGCCGACCAAGCCAAGGACGUUCUCAAGUGUGUCUGGUGCAAGCAGAGUUUCCCGACUCUAGCCGCCAUGACGGCGCACAUGAAAGAAGCGAAACACUGCGGCGUCAAUAUGCCGGUACCGCCGCCCGCACCGGGGCUUCACUCGCAGCAGACGACCAUGCCGAGCAUACCGCCGCCUCAGCAACCGCAUCAACCGCCGACCUCCGCCAGCAACGCCGGCAACAACAGCUCCGCCACACCCAGCAGCAAGCAAAGCCCAUCUGACUUGAAUCUCUUGAUCAAGGAAACGAUGCCGUUGCCGCGCAAGCUCGUGCGAGGCCAAGACGUCUGGCUGGGUAAGGGUGCCGAACAAACGCGGCAGAUACUCAAGUGCAUGUGGUGCGGACAGAGCUUCCGUUCGCUCGCCGAGAUGACCUCGCAUAUGCAGCAGACGCAGCACUACACGAACAUCAUCUCCCAGGAGCAGAUAAUAUCGUGGAAAUCGUCCGACGAGGGCAAAGGUGGCGGCAACACCACCGGCUCAGCGGGAGGUGGCGCCGGAGGUGUCGCUGGUGGAGGAAGCAACGUGGGAGUGCAGCCUGGCGGCGGUUCCGGUCCUCAUGGAGGAAACGGUCCCGGUGGCCCCGGUGGCGCCACCAGCAGUCACGUGAGCGCAGUGUUGACGUGUAAGGUUUGCGACCAGGCGUUCAGCUCUCUCAAGGAGCUGAGCAACCACAUGGUCAAGAACUCGCAUUACAAAGAACACAUAAUGCGCUCCAUCACCGAGAGCGGCGGACGCCGGCGACAGACGCGCGAGAAGCGAAAAAAGUCACUGCCCGUGAGGAAGCUGCUGGAGCUGGAGCGUGCCCAGAACGAGUUCAAGAACGGCGACGCCGCCACCAGUCUGACUCAUAGCCUCGGUAAGCACGCCGGCAGGAUUACCUGCGAGAAAUGCGGUGAGAAGAUCGAGACUCCCAUCUUUGUCGAGCAUAUACGUCAGUGCAUUGGCGCAGGCACGGUGGGUAUCAAUCAGCGGAACUUCCUGAAGAACGCGCUCAUGUCCAACCACUUGCCGGCGACGUUACCGCCAAGUGAAAGCGGCCGCAAGAGCGUCAACGAGGAGACAUCCUCGAUAUCCUCGAGGCACCACCGAUCUCCGUCCUCGGCGAGCGACGCGACCACACCGGGCAAAGAUACCCCCACACCGAACACCAACGAGACCACAGCGCCGAUCGGCACCUCGCCUUCCGUUCUGAAUGCCAUCGAGAAGCUUAUCGAGAAGAGUUUCGACUCUCGCGUGAGACACGGCACGCCUGGUCUGCACCACGCUCAACCCGGCGCACCUAUGGGCACCAGCAUCCUCAAGCGUUUAGGCAUCGACGAGAGCGUAGACUACACGAAACCUUUGGUAGAUCCGCAGACGAUGAAUCUACUCCGGUCUUACCAGCAACAGCAGCAUCAACAGCAGCAUUACAAUGCGAACGCCGCGGCGAGGAGGGAACGGAGCGGCAGCGAGUCCAGUUCAAUAUCGGAACGGGGAAGCGGCAGGACGGACACUAUGACACCGGAGAGACGCCUGGAUCUGUCCGCCGCGAGCCACGACAGACACUCGAGUUCCCUGUCACAUCAUCAUCGCGUCACGCCCGAGAAGCAGACCGCCCCAUUACCUAGUCGCCAUCAUCAAACCACGGAGGAGUCCGGGGACGAGGAGUCGUCCACUGUAGUAGUGAAGAAAGAACCGCGGGACGAAGAGACUGAGGAGAGAGGCGGGAAUGAGGAGGAGCAACAGCAGCAGUCCACGAGAGAGGUGUUCGUGAAGAAGGAGAUAGUAGAUGACUGCAGGGACGAAGAGGAUCAGAGUUCCUACAAUCACCGACGGAGCAGCAGCCUCCACGAAACAACCGAGGACGGGCGAGAGGUUCUCUCGCCGCGUAUGAAUCCACCCACACCGCGGCCGACCAGCCAAGUGGAGCAGGUGGCGCGUAGCCCCUGCAGGAACAGCACGAGCAGUCCUACCAGCAGCGACCGAUCGGUCACGCCACGGGGUACGCCCGACACCAAGGCGUCCAGCAGCCUCGGCGCGCUCUCUUCCAUGUUCGACAGUCUGUCGGGUGGCGGUGGCGGAGGUAGUGGGAGCAAUGUUGACUCGCAGGGACGCAAGACCAGCAGCCAUCCUCUCGCGGCGUUGCAGAAACUGUGCGACAAGACAGAAACACGAGGGGCCAGCGCGAGUGGCGCUUCAAGAUCCUCAGGUGCUUCCGCGACCACCAUCGGGCCAAGUAGCGGCCGUGACACAGUGGGAGUGACUGGUCCUGGUCCCGGGCCCACGCCGGGUGCUAUCUUGGCCUUCAGCUGGGCCUGCAACGACGCCGUCGUCACAGCGGACUCCAUCAUGAAGUGCGCCUUUUGCGACACGCCCUUCAUCUCAAAAGGCGCGUACAGGCAUCACUUGUCCAAGAUGCACUUCGUCAAGGACGGUGUGAUCCCCGACCCCUUGACCAUCGGCAGAUCGGCGGCAGCGGCCGCAGCCGCUGCCGCCGCGGCGGUCUCCCAGGGCACUUCCGGCGGCCCAAGUCGCAAUUCCUCGUCGCCGCCAACGUCGCAGCGCAACAAAUCGCCGCCAUUGUCGCAGGCGAACGGCAGCCCGUCGCAGUCAGCGGCCUCUCCCCUCGAAGAGAGCCCGCACUCCAAAUUUCUCAAGUAUACGGAGCUGGCGAAGCAAUUGUCCAGCAAGUACGUAUAGUCCGAGCCCCGUAAGUAGCGGUGCCACUUGUACAUAAGUGUAUCUAUACUGUAACGACUGUAACUAGCGAUGUGGUUGGAAAUUUUGACCCCUUCCCCGCGAACACCGCCGCGCCGGACGACGUCGUCGCGCAUCCGACGUCUUCGGAUUUAUGCUUAAAGAGGCUGUGUCGUGGCUGUACCGGUGCCGGGACGAAGAUCCGACGAAUAGGUAAUACGGGAUAUGCUCUCCGAUGCCGAACCAGAGAAGGGGGGGGAAGUUCGUUGAGGUCUGCAAACGUAUAACUGAUACUUUUUCCGAUUAUCCUUUAACGAACACAUUCGGGAGAGAUCGCGUUCUAUUCGCGCAUUAUUGCUGCUCGUGCUGAACGAGAUUGAUCGUAUCUUGUCGUUCGUAGUAUUUAUCGUCAAUUUUCUUACGCAGUCGUACAAUAGUGGGUGCGCACUGCAAACAUCCCUUGGAACCUAUGCGGAAAGAGGCACGCGAAGUUCGACGCGUAAACUCGACGCUGAAGGACGUUUCGCAAGUUGCGGAAAUAUCGGCUUGCGCGAUAAGUAACUUGAGGCGAAUGAGGCGCGAUAUUGUAUUUUUGUGUUGUUGUAAUUUGUCACGAAACGCAGUGUGCGCGUGAAGGUACACAAAAGAUCAUAAGUCAGAAUUAUACUCCAUGAAAUUAUAUCAUACAUAACAAUACAAUAAUCGCCGCUUCAUUUUAGCCGCAAAAUUCGAAGCCACUUGUCACGCAAGCCUAUACUUGACGGGACGGUUCCGCUGAAUAACAAAACCAUUACAGCCGAUAAGUGUGACCUCCGACACUUUGCCCAAAACCUCUUCCGAAAUCGAUGUCUACCGAGGGAGAUCGAUCUGUCAGGCUUCGCGUGUCUCGUCUCUGUGUUCACUCGCUUUGAUGAAGAAUACGAAGUAUAUAUGCUAAUCAUAUGUUGGCAGCCGUAACUCACCGCUACUAAGCGUCAAGCCUCGCCACCGCACUCUUUCAGCCUAAAUGUGGAUACCUUCGUCAAAAAGACUUCGCUGUUGCGACUAUAUGAUUAUAGUAAAGGAUUUGGUUCAUUCGCGGAGUAAUUGCAAACGCGCGCGAUGCAACACGCGGCUCCUUUUCCAUUUUCGGUGAUCAUUUUGGUCUGUCACAUCGAGGACGCGUCUUAUCAUUCCUGGGUCGGCGACGCGAUUAGCGUGCGCGUUCGACCGGUCGAAAACGCAAAAUCUCUACAUUUCGGAGAGAGGCGAACUACACAAUAUUGUUUUGUAUACACCUCUCUUGUUGUUUCUUUUCUUUUUGUUUUAUAUCGAUCCCCUCUCUUCUUUUUUUUUUUUUAACCACUUACUCCGUUUUUAGUUGUUACAAGAGGAUUGUACUUUAGAGUAGACCAUGCGCGCGCGUAAUCGUUUCGAAUGUUUCCCGUUUGUCUUCUUUUUUCUUCUUCUAUCCGCUACAGAUCGCGUGCAAUGUGUGGGAAACCUCGCGAGAGGGUUUCCCGCUUUCUCGGAGAAUUCUUCCUCGGUCGCAAUCGCUAUGGGAAUAAGAGUCUAAGGCAGGAAUUCGCGCGCAACUUCGUACAAUCGACCUUUCGUAUCGUUAGCGGAUUUUUCCGCCUACCGUUGUUCUUCCCUUUCGUUCCUUUUUUUAUCACUUUAUCCACGUGUCACUUUUCUUCUGUCGGCAUAUACGAAUGAACAAAUUGUCCCAUUGAAUCCGACUUUCUUUUAUGCCCAAGAAACGUGAGAGGGUGUGACGAUAAUGUGGGUGUUGAACGAGCGUUAAUUAAAUUGUGAUGCCACCAUAUCUCGCGGCACUGCUGAGUCACGGGGCUCGGCACGCGGCCAAGUUUGUGAUUUUAUAAAUACUUAAGGACGUUUACGACGUGAGAUGAGGGAGAUCGCGUGAGAUGGAGUAAGGAAACUGCAAAAAUCGGUUAGAUCAGAGAGAAGGAGAAAGAGGGGGAGGAGAGAAAGAGAAAAUGAGAGAAAGAGAGAUUGGGAGAGGAAGUUGGAGAAGAGAAAAAAAAAAGAGAGUACGAUGAAGAGAGAGUGAGAGAGAGAGAGAGAGAGAGCUAGAGAGAGUGGAAGCGAGACGUGAGGAGAAAGCUUGCCUAUCACUUGUCGUAAGAUCGUCACCAUGUAUACCUUUAGAUCGUAAGGUCGUAGUUUAUUAGCGCAUAGGAUAGGCUAGGGUUCGACCCUGUAUAGGAAUCUCUUUGUUGAUACUUAUUACUACGAAAAAUUGGUGAGUUUGCUCGCGGAGACGGACGAGAGCCGCCUCGGAGAGCGAUACGACUGCUGCGAAUUGAGGGUAUGGAGAUACACGAGCUAGUGUAGAAGCGACAAGAGCCGAAGGAUGCGGAGAUGCGGUGCAAUAGCGAGGCUCGCGAUUAAUUGAAUAAGUAUGCGCGAGUCAAACGCGUGUAUGAGAGAUUGGAGUCUGAGAGAGAGAGAGAGAGUGUGUGUGUAUGUGCGAGAGCGAAAGAACGAGAACGAGUGAGAGCGCGAGAGAGAGAGAAAGGGAGAGAGAGAGAGAGAGAGAGAGAGAGAGAGAACGAGUGAUAGAGAGAGAACGAGUGAGUGAGUGAACGAGCGAAAGAAUUGUGCGUCGUCGAAGGAACGCAGAUUUUCUCGACGUAACGUACGUGUAGACCAUUGUAAAUUUUCUUUGUUCAAAUAAUAUUUAUUGCGCCAGGAGCGAGCCAACGCGUCAUUUUACGUGUAAAAUAUUGUCAUUAUUAUCACUCGGAUUAUCGCGAAUACUGUGUAUAUUGAUUAUAAUUACAAUUAUUGUAUUAUGAUGAUGCGCGUGGCGGAGAAUGCGGUGAUAAAUGCGAAGCAUCGGGCGUGACUGGAUGUGAGUACGAAUGUUACGACGACAGGAGUGAAAGAGCAGGAGAAAAUGCGCGAGAGAGUCGAGAGACAGAAAAAUGGGGUGACAGUUUUGAGAAAGAGUAUGAGAGAGACAGAGCGAAAGAGAGAGAAUGAGCAAGAAAGAAUACUCGCGAGAGAUCGGGACAGUCGAGACACAGGUGGGAAAGAUUGAGCAGCUACGUACGGUCCUUAACAAGGAAGGCCGGAAAAGAACGGAACAUACUUGUAUACGUAUUUCUGUAAACUCUAAUUCUUCCAUCGCGAACUUUAAAAGUAUUUAUCGACAUAUAAUAAUAAUAUUAAUAUUAUUAUUGUAAUUAUAUACGACUGCUGGGGAAGAGUGUGACGAACGUAACGCGAGACGAUUACGUGGCUGCGACGAAUACGACACACACAGGACACACACGCGCACGCGCGCGCGGACACAUGUACACGCCAUAAAGAGCAUACACACAUACACGCACGCACACACAUACGACACAUUGUCGCGGUGACACUCGAGGAAAGGAACAGCCAGCCGUGCGAAUGAGAUACGCUCGAAACGUACCUACCUACUUACAAACACGCAACCACAAAGAUAUGCAUCAUGUAUACGCGAAUCUUCAAACCAUUUUACCAGAUUUGUCAUUAUUUAAUUAUUUCGGUUGUAUUUUAAAAUGCAAUUAAAGCUCAAAUAAAUAUAUAUGUUAUAAACUAA